GCCUCCUCCCCAAAUGCUUUCCAGAUGCGCUCGCUGGGCAGCUGCCGCAUCCGUGGGUGGGUCUGUCCCUUCCAGGUCUGAGAGAGAGCACUGCAGGCCUCGCCAGUAGCAGAGACGGUGAUGGCCAAAAGGGAGCAGCUUCGACCCCCUUGCUCCGGGACUCCCGGUUUCUGCUGCCUCCCGUCCUUGGAAGUGCCUUCCAACUCCAGGAUCUGCCUCUGGCUGGGCCAGCAGCCCAGGGGUUAAAGCGGGGAGAGAGAUCAGGGCUGAGCCCGCCAAAAAGAGCCCUGGCAUGAUAGCUGGUCUGGAAAGCAUGCCAGAGAGCUGGCCCCUCUGCAAGAGCCAGGGGAGGACAGGAGCAGCGGCCAUGGCGGUGGCGGCAGCACCCAGAAACGGCACCUGGAUUCCCCGUUCUCCCUUAACUCUGCUGAGGGCCGUGGAAAAAAGGCAUCUCUGAGGUCCCGGAGGAGCUGCGACCUUCGCCCGUUUCCUGGCUGUUUACUCAUUAAUCUGGGGCUCAUAAAUCCCAGCAGGCGGCAGAUAAAAGCUUGGCCCUGCACCUCUUGCUCUCCGACCCUCUCCAGGCACCGUCAGCCAUGGCCAAGGGCUUCUUCAUCAGCAAGACUCUGGGCAUUGUGGGCAUCGCCCUCGGGCUGGCCGCCCUGGCCACCAUCAUCGCCCUCUCCGUGGUCUACUCUCAGCUGAAGCAGCAGACAGACAACGCUGCGCCCGGACCCUCUACAGCCACCACUACCACCACCACCACCAGUACCAGCGGCAUCCCUGGCCCCAGCACCACCACCACCAGCGGCAUCCCUGGCCCCAGCACCACCACCACCAGCGGCAUCCCUGGCCCCAGCACCACGCCCACGCCAGAGAACCCCUGGAACAAGUGGCGCCUGCCCAGCACCCUGCGACCCGAGAGCUACACGAUCUCCCUGCAGCCUUUCCUGAAGCCCAACGACCAGGGCCUCUAUGUGUUCCACGGCAACAGCUCCGUGCGCUUCCUCUGCCAGAACGCCACCGACCUCAUCCUCAUCCACAGCAAGAAGCUGAACUACACGGCCCCCCAGGUCUCCCUGACGGGGGUCAACGGGGCCCCCACCCCCAACAUCAGCAGCAUCAGUGAGGAGAAGGAGACCGAGUACCUGGUGGUGCAGCUCAGCAGCCAGCUACAGGCCAACCAGCAAUAUGAGCUCCACACCAGCUUCACCGGGGAACUGGCCGACGACCUGGCCGGCUUCUACCGCAGUGAAUACCAGGAGGAUGGGCAGGCCAAGGUGGUGGCCACCACACAGAUGCAGGCGGCUGACGCCCGCAAGGCCUUCCCCUGCUUCGACGAGCCUGCCAUGAAGGCCACCUUUGCCUUGACACUGAUCCACCCGCCUGACCACGUGGCGCUCUCCAACAUGCCAGCAAACAGGACUGAAAACGUGACCAUCAAUAAUGAAGUGUGGACCAGGACUGUGUUUGAGCCCACCCUCAAGAUGUCCACCUACCUGCUCGCUUUCAUUGUGAGCCAGUUUGAGGCGGUGAAGACCUACCAGAACAGCACCUUGAUCCAGAUCUGGGGCCGGCCGAAGGCCAUCAGGGAGGGGCAGGGGGAGUAUGCACUCAAUGUCACGGGACCCAUCCUCAGCUUCUUCGAGCGGCACUACAACACUGCCUACCCCUUGGACAAGUCAGACCAGGUGGCCCUUCCGGAUUUCAAUGCAGGAGCCAUGGAGAACUGGGGUCUGGUGACCUACAGGGAGAACGCGCUGCUCUUCGACCCCCUCUACUCCUCCAUCGGCAACAAGGAGCGGGUGGUGACAGUCAUUGCUCACGAACUGGCCCACCAGUGGUUCGGGAACCUGGUGACUCUCGCUUGGUGGAACGACCUCUGGCUGAACGAAGGCUUUGCCUCCUACGUGGAGUACCUGGGAGCCGAUGCCGCGGAGCCCACCUGGAAUAUUAAAGACCUCCUGGUGACCAACGACAUGUACCGCGUGAUGGCCGUUGACGCCCUGGUUUCCUCGCACCCACUCUCCUUCCGGGAGGCGGAGAUCCAGACGCCAGCUCAGAUCAGCGAGGUCUUUGACUCCAUCGCCUACAACAAGGGGGCGUCUGUGCUGCGGAUGCUCUCCGAGUUUCUUACGGAGGAGCGGUUUAAACGGGGGCUGCAGUCUUACCUGCACACCUUUGCCUACGGAAACACUGUCUACAGCGACCUCUGGGAGCACCUGCAGAUGGCAGUCGACGAGGAUCAGUUCUAUCUCCCAGGAACCAUCGAGAACAUCAUGAACCGCUGGACUCUGCAGAUGGGCUUCCCCGUGCUGAGCGUGGACACCCGCCUGGGCAGCGUUUCCCAGCGGCACUUCCUGCUGGAUCCCAACUCCACUGUGCAGCGGCCCUCGGAAUUCAACUACACCUGGAUCGUCCCCGUCUCCUGGAUGACGUCAGACAACCAGACAGGAACGUACUGGCUCCAGGAGACAUCAGACACAAACGGCAACUUCUCGACUGCUUCCGAACCUGGCAAGUGGCUGAUCUGCAACAUCAACGUGACGGGCUACUUCCGCGUGAACUACGACCAGGAGAACUGGGACAGGCUCCUGGGACAGCUGGGGAGCAACCACCAGGUCAUCCCUGUCCUGAAUCGUGCUCAGCUGAUUGAUGACGCCUUCAACCUGGCCAGGGCAAACUACACCAGCACAGAACUGGCCCUGAACACGACGCGCUACCUGUCUCUGGAGACAGACUACCUGCCCUGGGACACGGCCCUCAGCAACCUGGGCUACUUCAAGCUCAUGUUUGAUCGCAGCGAGGUCUAUGGGCCUAUGAAGAAGUACAUCAGGAAACAGGUGGCUCCUCUGUUCGAACAUUUCCGGAACCUCACCCAGAACUGGAUCACCGUUCCUUCUGGCCUGAUGGAUCAGUACAAUGAGAUUUCCGCCAUCAGCACGGCCUGCUCUUUUGGCAUCCCGGAAUGUGAAGCCCUGGCGGCAGACCUCUUCAGCAAAUGGAGGGAAAAUGCCAGCUCAAACCCGAUCACCCCCAACCUGCGGUCGUCCAUCUAUUGCACUGCCAUUGCCCUGGGCGGGGAGGAGGCCUGGGACUUCGGAUGGGAGAUGUUCCAGAAGGCCACCGUGGUGUCCGAGGCCGACAAGCUCCGCUCCGCUCUGGCCUGCAGCCAGGAGCCCUGGAUCCUACAGCGGUACCUGAAGUAUACCCUGGACCCCUCCAAGAUCCGCCGGCAAGAUGCCACCUCCACCAUCAACAGUAUUGCCCGCAACGUGCACGGGCAGAGCUUGGUGUGGGACUUUGUGCGUGCCAACUGGAAGACGCUGUUUAGCCAGUACGGCGGCGGCUCCUUCUCCUUCGCCAGCCUCAUCCAGGCCGUGACUCAGAGAUUCUCUUCGGAGUUUGAACUCCAGCAGCUGGAGCAAUUCCAGAAGGACAACGCGGAUGUGGGAUUUGGUUCUGGAACUCGGGCUGUGGAGCAGGCGCUGGAGAAGACCAAGGCCAACAUCAAGUGGGUGGCGGAGAACCAGGCUGCGGUGCUGCAGUGGUUUCAGAGGGAGAGCCAGUAGGGGGAGAGCCGGGCUCGCCGGGGUGCUCCCCUUGGGUCUCUGCUGCCCCUCAGCCUGCCCUCAACCAAAGACGGCUCCCCUCUCCCGCCUUUGCCGAGCCCGUGUGCUCCUGUGACGCUUUUCCAGUGCGGAGGGGCAGCGUUUCUCCUGCAAGGCACAGGGACGUUCUUUUCAGCGACUUAAUUCAUCCAGUGACUAUCUCAGGGCCCUGGGGACGAAGGCAAAGACUGGACUCCCCUGUUGCGAUCCCCCUGCCUCCCACCCACCGCAUUCUAUAAUUUUGUACCCCCAACUUGAUGAAUAAAAGAAUUCUACGUCCAGGUUUA